GAUAGAGGGUAUGCAUUUUUUAACACGUUGAGCGCGGCGCCAAUAUUUCUGAUCUUUCCGCUCUGCCGGCAGCGAGUGGGCGCUCCUCUAAUGGUGCGAUAAUGUAAGAUGAUCCGCGACUUUUAAACAUACGAUUUCAAGCUCUGCGUAGCGUUUGUGUUUUGUUACCCUGUCGGUUUCGGCUCACUUUUGAAGUCACGUUCAAGAUAAAGAACAGUUCCGUUCUUUCUCUUUGAGUGAAACAAUGGAAGAGCAAAUGCAUGCGUACCUCCAAGAAGCUUUCAGUUGCAAGAAAGUCACACAAGUGUACAGAUCGUUUGAGAGUAAAAAAUUUUGUUUGUUCUUGAGAAUAUUUAUCGCCCAUAAAACCGAAAAUGUUCGAAAGAGAAGACAGUGAUACAUCAAGCGAAGUUUUCUUAUCAUUCAGACGUCGCCGGGUAUUACGGUUAUCGUCAUCAGAAGAUGAUACUUCAGUAGACGAUGAAGCGGAACUUGAGAGAAGAAGUAGGAGAAGAAGCAGAGGUGCUGAUAACAUCUGUGACGGAACUGAAUGGUUUGAUCCAAAAGGGAAUCAACCAAAUAUUGUUCCCUUUACGCGUACCUCCGGCGCCAAAACAACUAACGAAAAAGUGCGGAUUUGUACAAAAGCAGGAGAGUUUUAUGCACUUUUCGUUACAGACGAAAUAUUUCAGCACAUCAGUGAACAAACAAACCACUAUGCUACUCAAUGCAGAAUCAUUUCUAAACGUACAACUAAUUGGACACCAACUAACAAAAAUGAGCUGAAGCGUUUAUUUGGGCUGCUAAUAUGGAUGGGUAUGGUAAACCUUCCCUCCUUACGUCUAUAUUGGUCUCAAGAUCCAUUAUUUUCACAAACAUUCCCACGAACAAUAAUGAGUAGAGACAGAUUUGAAAUUCUAAUGAGAAUGGUGCAUUUCGCUGACAACGAAGCAGCUGUCGCAAAUAACCGAUUAUCAAAAAUUCAAUUCAUCAUAGACGAAUUGAAUACAAAUUUUCAAAAAUAUUACGAUCCACCAGAAUUAUUAUGUAUUGACGAAUCGCUAAUUCCAUUUCGUGGGCGCAUUGUAUUCAGGCAGUAUUUGAAACAGAAAAAACACAAAUACGGUAUAAAAAUAUUUAAAUUAUGUUGUAGUCAUGGAUACACUUAUAACUGUCAUGUGUACACCGGAAAAGCUCUCGAUAGGGAAAACACAACCCCGUCAAAUGUUGUAAUGUCUCUAUUGAAAAACUUAUUUCAUAGAGGCCACACAUUGUGUACUGACAACUGGUACACCAGUAUCGAUUUAGCGAAUCGCCUAAUAGAAAAAAACACACAUUUGAUUGGAACACUGCGAACAAAUCGUAGGGGAAACCCAAGUGAAGUGAUAAAAACUAAUUUGAAACGUGGACAAGUUAUAGCUAAAGAAAAUAAUCAAGGUAUUACAGUGUUGAAAUGGAAGGACAAGAGAGAUGUUUUGGUCCUGUCCACAAAACAUUCAAACGAAAUGAUAAACGUAAAAACAAAACGCGGAUUUUGCUGUAAACCCAAAAUUAUAGUUGAAUAUAAUAAAGCAAAAACAUCAAUUGAUUUGUCAGAUCAAAUGAGUGCGUAUAGCAGUCCCUUGAGGAGAACUCUCAAAUGGUAUAAAAAGUUAGCCUUUGAGUUAUGUUUGAACACUGCUGUGGUCAAUUCGCUGUUCGUCUUUCAAGAAGUAACAGGACAAAAAAUAUCAAUUACGGAAUUUCGGAGACAACUGGUGAAUGAACUGACACAGCGAGAAGAUGAACAAAUUCCGCGUCCCGCAGAAAAAAUUCUUCAUAAAUUGCAGAAAAAGGAAGGAGACGUCCAUAAAGUUCGGAAAUAUUGUUCUGGUUGUUAUGCUGAAAAUUCAAGAUUAUUUGGGCCCAAGAUAGCAAAAAAUUUAACAAAAAAGGUUGUUACAUUUUGUUACAUGUGUAAAUCCCAGCCAUACUUUUGCUUAGAAUGUUUUAAUAAAGCUCAUUAAAACUAUAUUUGACUACAUUUCAUUCAGGCGACAUUUAUCUUUUAACUUUAAUACUGCCGGUCCCACCGGACCGA